UUCAAAAGCCCAAUUUACAGACGCCUUAUAGCUCGUACUCUUUCCAUUUCGAUAUCCUUUGUUUUCUCUCUAUCAGAUUUUGUCUUCUCAGAUCUCAGGCGCAAAUCAAUCGUCUUCUGUUCCUUUCAGUCUCCUUUCAAGAGGCUUUUGCAUUUUUCAGCUGGAACUCAUUUUGGGGAAUUACUGGUCUAUAUCUAGUCAAGAUGACUGUUAGAACUCCUGGUACUCCAGCUUCAAAGAUAGAUAAGACUCCCGCAACCACGCCUAGUGGGCAUCGAGCUAGAGAGGAGAAAAUUGUUGUAACAGUACGGUUAAGGCCUCUGAACAAAAGGGAGGUUUCAGCUAAAGACCAUGCUGCAUGGGAAUGCAUAGAUGAUCACACAAUUAUUUAUAGACCAGUGCCCCAAGAACGUGCUGCUCAACCUGCUUCAUCAUUUACAUUUGAUAAAGUCUUCGGUCCAGAUAGUAUAACUGAAGCAGUGUAUGAGGAAGGAGUAAAGAAUGUGGCUUUAUCCUCUUUGAUGGGAAUAAAUGCAACUAUAUUUGCGUAUGGACAAACCAGCAGUGGGAAGACUUACACAAUGAGGGGAAUUACCGAGAAAGCUGUAAACGACAUAUAUGCACAUAUAAUGAGUACCCCGGAAAGAGAAUUUAGAAUAAGAAUAUCUGGACUGGAGAUCUACAAUGAAAAUGUCAGGGACCUAUUGAAUUCUGAAUCUGGUCGCAGUCUCAAGCUUCUUGAUGAUCCGGAGAAAGGAACUGUCGUUGAGAAAUUGGUGGAAGAAACAGCAAGCAAUGACCAACACCUGAGACAUUUAAUUAGUAUCUGUGAGGCUCAGAGGCAAGUAGGAGAAACCGCCUUAAAUGAUACAAGCUCGCGAUCUCACCAGAUAAUAAGACUGACAAUAGAAAGCACUCUUCGUGAAAGUUCUGAUUGCGUGAGGUCUUAUGUAGCAAGCUUGAACUUCGUAGAUUUGGCUGGGAGUGAAAGAGCCUCACAGACAAAUGCAGAUGGUGCCAGGCUUAGAGAAGGCUGCCAUAUCAAUCUUAGUUUGAUGACUCUCACAACCGUAAUUAGAAAGCUCAGUGUGGGCAAAAGAAGUGGUCAUAUACCCUACCGAGACUCAAAGCUGACAAGAAUAUUGCAACAUUCACUUGGUGGGAACGCCCGUACUGCGAUAAUAUGCACUCUCAGCCCUGCAUCUAGUCACGUCGAACAAUCUCGCAAUACUCUCUACUUUGCCACCCGAGCAAAGGAAGUCACGAAUAACGCCCAAGUGAACAUGGUUGUAUCCGACAAACAGCUUGUCAAGCAUCUGCAGAAGGAAGUAGCCAGGUUGGAAGCAGAGCUGCGCACCCCAGACCCAGCUAGUGAGAAAGAUUGGAAAAUUCAACAGAUGGAAAUGGAAAUCGAGGAGCUGAAGCGUCAAAGGGAUCUUGCACAGUCACAAGUUGAUGAGUUGCGCAGAAAGCUUCAGGAAGAACAGGGACCGAAGCCAUGUGAAUCUGUUAGUCCGGUUGUGAAGAAAUGUCUCUCAUUCUCCGGCACAUUAUCUCCAAACCUUGAAGAAAAAGCACCUGUACGUAGUGAAAGAACAAGAAACACAAUGGGAAGGCAGUCAAUGAGGCAGUCUUUAGCUGCCCCUUUUACACUCAUGCAUGAAAUUCGAAAACUCGAACAUCUCCAGGAGCAGCUUGGAGAUGAAGCAAAUCGAGCAUUGGAAGUACUGCAAAAGGAAGUUGCAUGUCAUAGGCUAGGUAACCAAGAUGCUGCAGAAACUAUUGCUAAACUGCAAGCAGAGAUCAGAGAAAUGCGUUCUAUACGGCCACUUCCCAAAGAAGUUGAAGUUGGAAGUGUUGUUGCUGUCAAUAAGAGUGUCAGUGCCAACCUGAAGGAAGAGAUAGCCAGACUUCACUCACAAGGAAGCACAAUUGCUGAUCUUGAAGAACAGCUAGAAAAUGUUCAGAAAUCACUAGACAAACUGGUUAUGUCUCUUCCAAGCAAUAAUGAUCAACAGUCAAACAAUGACACCACACAAAAGGCAAAGCAUCCAUCAAAAAAGAAGAAGUUGCUUCCACUGACCUCGAGCAACAGUAUCAACAGGCAAAAUUUCUUGAAAUCUCCUUGUUCUCCUCUAUCAACCGCACGACAAGUACUGGAUUGUGAGGUUGAAAAUAGAGCUCCAGAUUCGGAUGAUUUGUCCUGUGAAAUUCAGCCGGAUGAGACUCCUACAAAAAGUGAUGGAGGAGAUGUUUCAUCAAAGGAAGGCACUCCAUAUCGCCGUUCCAGUUCUGUGAACAUGAGAAAAAUGCAGAAGAUGUUUCAAGAGGCAGCAGAAGAGAAUGUCAGAAACAUAAGAUCAUAUGUGACAGAACUUAAAGAACGGGUGGCCAAGCUUCAAUACCAAAAGCAGCUCCUCGUAUGCCAGGUGCUUGAGCUGGAAGCAAAUGAAGCGGCUGGAUACAAUUUAGAGGAUGAUGAAAACAUUCAUCAGAUCCCAGAAGAGUCUCCAGUUUCUUGGCAAAUCACAUUUAAGGAACAGAGGCAGCAAAUUAUUGACUUAUGGGAUGUUUGCUACGUUUCCAUUAUUCAUAGGUCACAGUUCUAUCUGUUAUUUAAGGGAGACCCUGCUGAUGAAAUAUAUCUGGAAGUUGAACUCAGGCGCUUGACAUGGUUACAACAGCACCUGGCUGAGCUUGGAAAUGCAACCCCGGCUCGUGUUGAAAAUGAGCCAACAGUCUCUUUGUCAUCAAGCAUUAGAGCUUUGAAGAGGGAAAGGGAAUUUCUUGCCAAGAGAUUGACAACCCGUCUGACAGCUGAAGAAAGAGAUUAUCUGUACAUAAAAUGGGAUGUUUCUUUGGAGGGAAAACAAAGGAGAAUGCAAUUUAUUAACAAGCUUUGGACAAAUCCGCAUGAUGCAAAGCAUGUACAUGAGAGCGCCGAGAUAGUGGCAAAGCUCGUAGGUUUCUGUGAAGGAGGGAACAUGUCAAGAGAGAUGUUUGAGCUUAAUUUUGUCCUUCCAUCGGAUAGGAGGCCAUGGUUCGCUGGCUGGAACCAAAUCUCCGACCUCCUUCAUAUCUAAGAAGCUUAGAUUCUUUUUGUAAGUAAAUUGAUUGUAUUGCGUGUUGUUUCAUGUAUAUGAAACUCUGGAGCCUCCCAAUUUUGGAGCCUCCGAAGUUGUUCCAGUACUGAUUAAUUUAGAACACUAUGAAGGAUUAGAAUUUGAGGCAUCACACCAUGCAGCUUCAUUUUAUGAAUAAAGAAUUCAAUUGAAAUUGU